UAACGGCCUUACCGCUCAUGCUUCUCUUUAAAUUGUUUGGGACAAUAACACCGCCUCAUAUUGCUUUAUCGCAUCACAUAUUUAUGAUUAUUUUAUAUAUAUAUCUUAGUUAUGUUAUUUUUUAGGCAAUUUUAGGUUUGGCAUAAGUUUGGUUACUUCGAUUAAUCAUAAUAAAAUAAUGGUACACUUCCUAACAAUAGCGUGGAAGAAGUGACACGGAAUGUUAAUCUUUUUGACGACGCCUAUGGUUUACUCAGGUUUCUUUUACUGAAUUUUCGUGCUAUAAAAGCCUAUUUUGAAAGAAAGAUUCCACAGUAAGUUGUCUAGCAAAAAUCUUUGUUACUGGUGAUUAGUUAAGCAAAAACAUGUUUGAGCUACUAACUGGGCAUGGCGUUGAUAACCUUCGUUCAAGUGAUGCGUUUAUUUAUCUCUUCAAGGGAUAUACUAUUGUGGGCACAAACCCACCAAUGGAUGCAGGCCCGCUUUACUAUAUUUGGUCAGCGUUUCUUAAUACGAAUGCCGUUAUAUUCUCACCAUUUCUUUGUGGUGUGGGUUACAUUUUAAAAUAUAUGCAACAUACCAUAGAAACUAAGCAGCUUCUCAUCGGAAUACAGUCCAGUCUGAAUGUGCUUGGCAUACCGCCAAAAAUUAUAAUUAUGACGUUAUCCUUGAAACGAUUGCGUAGCAUGGAAUCCACUUUGGCACUUAUGGAUGCACGUUACACAAAGCCCGAAGAUCUGAACUUGAUACGUAAAUCAGCAAUUAUGGGCAAUAGAUUGGUCUUCGCUUUUGGUAUGGCGUACUUUUCAUACUGGCUGUUAACAGGAACAUCCUGUUUAAUCAAUGGAAAAGCACCACUUUCGCUGUGGAUACCCUUUUUGGACGAGAACCGGUCAAACUUCGAUUUUUGUUUUCAAUCAACGAUCGAUUUAUUUUUUAUGUUCUUCUUUUUAUUAUACCAAGUCUUAAACGAUUCCUACGGAUCCGUAUAUAUUUGUGUUAUACGUGCACAUUUGCAACUGCUGGUACGUCGAGUUCAGCUAUUGGGUAGAAACGUCGAGAUGAGUAGCGAUGAUAAAAUUAAAGAGCUUGUGGACUGUAUUAUCACACAUCAACAGAUUUUAAAAUUGCUAGGGGUUAUCGAACCGAUUAUUUCGAAAACGAUGUUUACACAAUUUUUGAUCGCCGCUUCAAUAUUGUGUGUGACUAUGAUUAAUAUGUUCAUUUCUGAUGAUCUAAGUACUCAAGUCGCUUCAGGGGCUUACUUUAUGUGCGUGUUACUGCAGAUAUCUCCAUGUUGUUAUUUCGCUUCAGAAUUGAUGGCUGAUAGCGAAAAGUUGCCCGAUGCCAUUUUUCAUUGCAAUUGGGUAGAGCAGGAUCGAUGUUUUCGCAAAAUGAUAAUUUAUUUUAUGCAUCGCUCUCAGUUGUCAAUCCAAUUGACGGCCAUGAAGUUGUUUUCCAUCAACGUGGCUACAAAUGUUUCGAUUGCUAAAUUUUCAUUUACACUAUUUACUUUCGUAAAAGAAAUGGGUAUCGGCCAAAAUGCAAAAAAAUAAAGGCAUCAAGAAAGAAAGAAAAUUGUAUGCAUCAAAUGGGAAUAAAUAUCUCUAAGUACAACAAUAAAUAUCAAUAUAGCAUUGGCCUUAAAGUAGCUUUAUAAGGGUGCGGCCAGAGUGAACGCUGAUGCCGAGCCGAGCCGAGCUUAUUGACGCUUAUUUUCAUGCGAGAAGAAAAUUUGUAUAUAACACAGUGAAUGCGAGAAUCAGCGCUGCAAUUCUGUUUAUUCCAUGUGUUUUGCUUCAUCUUUUGCUGGAUUCAUCUGAUGAAGAGUAUUUUGCUUCUCCGAGUGUGAUUAAUGCAAUUAUUAACACAAAAGAGUUUGGAAAACAUCCAAUUACACUAAAAAGGAAUGAAUUUGGUGAAUUUCAUCAUUUAUAUUAUGAUUUAAGAAAAUAACCAUUAAAAAACACAACUGCACUCUAAAAAGUAAACAUCAACAAUCCAAAAAAGCGAGCAAAACGCUUUGAAACUGUUUUCUCGCACUCAUCGGCUUUGCUCUCUGCUCUUGUCGGCGCUCACUGUGUUAUACACAAGCUUAUUUGUAUUGACUUGUAUGUAACCAGUUUUAUCGCACUGACAAUCUUUAUCGCACUGACAAUCUCGGCUCGGCUUUCAGCGUUCACUCUGGCCGCACCCUAAAGCUCGUAAAGAGCAAUAAAAGAUAUCGUAGUAGUUCAAAAUUCAAAAUUCUUUUUCAAUUCAAAAUUAAAUUUAAUUCUGAAUAAAGUUUUCUGUAGUCGCUUUGUUUAUA